UACUAAUGAAUAGGUGUGAAGUAGGAGAUGAGACCUCUCGCUGUGCAUAUUCAUAUUUCUCGCAUCCAACCAAAAACAUCGGAGUAUGCGUAUAGUUCCGCUGUUUAACCGCUAGAGGCAGUAAUUCGUGAAGCAUAAUUUGAUUGAAUUUCUCCCAUACUCAUUGGCAAUCUCUCUACUCAUCUCUGGUUCUAAAUCAGCUGAUGAUUCUUUUAGUUUAUGCUUUAGUUGCCGGGCGGGUCGUAAGACAGCAGCACAAAAUUGUCAUCACGUGAGGUCACAAUGGUUUCUGAUAUAGUUUCGACGAUUGAGUGAUUAGAACAGCGAAUGUUUUAAAUUUCUAAAGAAAUUCAAGCAUCUACCGUGUUUUGCAAGUAAAGGUACAAAUUGAAAUAUCUGGGAUAUACUAAGUCAUCUACAUUGGAACAUUGUCCAAAAUGACAGAAUAUUGGUUAAUAUCCGCACCUGGAGAUAAAACAUGUCAACAGACAUGGGAAACCAUGAACAAUUUGACAUCAAAACAACAUUCUUUGUCAGUCAACUACAAAUUUCAUAUCCCAGAUUUAAAGGUGGGAACAUUGGACCAACUGGUUGGCUUAUCAGAUGAUCUAGGAAAACUUGAUGCUUAUGUUGAACAAGUAACACGCAAGGUGGCAACAUACCUAGGAGAAGUUUUAGAAGAUCAGAGAGACAAGCUACAUGAAAAUCUUUUGGCUAACAAUAGUCAAACGUCAGUGGAUGGGGAGAGCUCGAGCCCCGAAGGGGGUCCGGACACCCCGCCAAACACCCCCGUCACCCCAUCACACAAGUCUUCAAAGGAGCAUCACAAGCAGUGGAAGGAAUCGGAGAAAUGUGAACCAGAACCAGCCGCCUGUUUAGGUCAGCAUCAUCACCAGCGUCAUCAUCAUCAUGAGCAUCAUCAUAGUCAUAAACAUCACAAUCAUCCUUCUGAAACCGAAAAGAAAUCAUCAUAUAGUCCUCAGGGCAUCUGUGAUGUCAAAUCAUCAAAUGAUCCUUUAUCAGCAUAUUCAUGCUACCAUGCGCAUUGGUGCGCUGCUUCUACCUCUUCCACACCUAUUCCUAGUCCUACUCCCACGAGUCCGAGUCUUUCCCUUUCAUCAAACUGUAGCAGUGAAGGAGAGACCAGAUGGCAGUCGGCGACACGUCAUCGGACUACUGAGAAAGCAGAUCGAUCUACCUCCAAUCGCAAAUCGCUCGGCAAUGACGACGACGAAGACGAUGCGGACCAAAACAACGACCAAGACCAAGACCAAGACCAUAGCGGCAAUUUGCCCAAUCCAGGUGAUCUACCAUCAUAUAUAACUCGAUUCCAGUGGGAUAUGGCAAAGUAUCCUAUCAAACAAUCAUUGAGAAAUAUUGCUGACAUUAUCAGUAAACAAGUGGGUCAAAUUGAUGCUGAUCUUAAAACUAAAUCUACAACAUAUAAUAAUUUGAAAGGAAGUUUACAAAAUCUUGAAAAGAAGCAAACAGGAAGCUUAUUAACAAGAAAUUUGGCAGAUUUAGUGAAGAAGGAACACUUUAUCUUGGAUAGCGAAUAUUUAACUACUUUGCUUGUAAUCGUCCCAAGAGCAAAUUUCCAGGAAUGGCAUAGUGGAUAUGAAAAGUUAACGAAAAUGAUAGUACCACGUACCACACAACUCAUUGCUCAAGAUGUUGAGUAUGGAUUAUUUACUGUUACUUUGUUCAAAAAAGUUAUCGAUGAAUUUAAAUUACAUGCACGUGAAAAGAAAUUCAUUGUUCGUGAUUUUACAUAUAAUGAAGAGGAAUUAGCAGCAGGAAAAAAUGAGAUAACAAAAUUGGUAACAGAUAAAAAGAAACAAUUUGGGCCUCUUGUACGUUGGUUAAAAGUUAACUUUAGUGAAUGUUUCUGUGCAUGGAUUCAUGUUAAAGCUUUGCGCGUAUUUGUAGAAUCUGUCCUAAGGUAUGGAUUACCUGUAAAUUUUCAAGCGAUAUUAUUGCACCCUCAUAAAAAAUGUGCAAGGCGUUUACGUGAUGUUCUGAAUCAGCAUUACGCUCAUUUAGAUUCCUCUGCUACAACAUCGUCUGGUGCACAAGGAAAUCAAGAUAGCGUGGAUAUACCAGGGUUAGGUUUUGGCCAAAAUGACUAUUUCCCUUAUGUGUAUUAUAAAAUCAACGUAGAUAUGGUUGACAAUAAGGUCUAAUUAUUGAAGUGAUGAGUCUAUUUUCUUAUAUUUUAAAUAUCCUUUCAUUUACAUAAAACAUACUUCCAUAUCUCCAGGUACUUAAAGCAGGUGCGUAUAAAGUAGUUUGUAUGAACUAUGAUCAUUUCUGUUUACAUGAACUACGAUAUAUUGCAUUUUUUAAAACUUUGCUACGAUCUUGAUUUUCAAUGUAAAUGUAAUUAUUAUUGAUUCACUUCCAGGAGUAUAUCAAAUAUUUACUCAAAAUUGAUAUUUUUAUAGUACAUCAAAAUGCCUGGAGAGAUGUAUGUACUUUGAUAUUAGCUUAAUAUAAACUAUGCAUAAUAGAAUGCACAAUCAUUUGUAUAAAUUUUAGCAGACGAAUUUGAAUACAUCUUGCAAAUUUUCUUUUUUUUUUAAACAGGCUAUAUUUAAUUGAACAAAAGACAUUAGUACAAAUGAGACUCAUAAUAUGGUUAUAUACUUUAAAUUUACAGCUUUAAAGAAAACUGAAUAUAUUAAAGAUUAACAACCAUAAUAAUCACAUUCUGCGUAAAAUGCCUGUAUAAAUGUACCAAAAUUCUCACAAUUAAAUAUAGCACAACCUAUUUUAUAUAGUACUACAUGAAGAGCAAAAAAAUAUAUUGUGCCAGAAUAGAAAUUCUGCAAUGUAGAAUUGUAUUAUGUUAUGUAUUGCUUAUAAAAUUAAGACCAUUGUGAAUAUUGUUAUAAAGAAGAAAGUGCAUCUUGUUACAAGAACAUAUGUCAUAAUAUCUGUUUUGAUUCAAAUGCUUUUACCAUGUUCAUUCAAUAGGUCUUCAUAAUACAUAUUGUAUUAUGCGACAACUAGUAAAAUAAGUGUUAUUGAAGUGUUAAGAUACUGUAAAUUUAUUUCACUAAUAUUAAAAACUAAUGUUUUAACAA